AUGCUGGACGCGCUGAAGAUGGAAGAGAAUUUGCAGAGCGUCAUCGACUCCUCGGCCUCUUUCUCCUCGCUGCUGGGGCGAGGGGUGAACCCCAGAUCUGUGUGCGAAGGCUGUCAGAGGGCCAUUUCCGACCGCUUCCUACUGCGCCUCAACGACGCCUUCUGGCACGAGAGAUGCGUCCACUGCGCGGCCUGCAAAGAGCCCCUGGAGGCCACCUGCUUCUGUCGCGACAAGAAACUCUACUGCAAAUACGACUACGAGAAGCUGUUCGCGGUGAAAUGCGCGGGCUGCUUCGAGGCCAUCGCGCCCAGCGAGUUCGUGAUGCGGGCUCAGAAGAGCGUCUACCACUUGAGCUGCUUCUGUUGUUGCGUGUGCGAGCGGCAGCUGCAGAAGGGCGACGAGUUCGUCCUGAAGGAGGGCCAGCUGCUGUGCAAAGGAGACUACGAGAAGGAGAGGGAGUUGCUCAGCUUGGUCAGCCCCGUGGCCUCCGACUCAGGCAAGAGCGACGAUGAAGAGGCCCGGAGCAAGCCGGGCCCCGGGGCGGGGAAAGGGUCCGGAGAGGAGGGCAAGGAUCACAAGCGGCCCAAGAGGCCACGGACCAUCCUGACCACGCAACAACGGAGGGCCUUCAAAGCCUCCUUCGAGGUCUCCUCCAAGCCCUGCCGGAAGGUGAGAGAGACCCUGGCGGCGGAGACCGGUUUAAGUGUUCGUGUCGUCCAAGUUUGGUUCCAGAACCAGAGAGCCAAGAUGAAGAAGCUGGCACGGCGGCAGCAGCAGCAGCAGCAACAGGAACAGAGAAGCUCCCAGGGCCUCAGCUCGGGCCAGACCAACAGCGGUGGAAGCGCGGGGAUGGUGGACGGGCUAUUGAGCCCGUACUCGGCCCUGCCCACGCCCCAGCAGCUCCUGGCCCUGGAGCAGAGCGUGUACGGCUCGGAUUCCUUCCGGCAGGGGCUCACCCCACCCCAGAUGCCCGGAGACCACAUGCACCCCUACGGUUCCGAGCCCCUUUUCCACGACCUGGAUAGCGACGACACCUCUCUCAGUAACCUGGGCGACUGUUUCCUAGCGACCUCGGAAGCCGGUCCCCUGCAGUCCAGGAUGGGGAACCCCAUCGACCAUCUGUACUCCAUGCAGAAUUCCUACUUCACCUCCUGAGCUCCCCCGGGGAGCUGAGCUGGGGGCGGGCUCUCGACC